GAAAAACUUCGACUGUAUUUCUAUCGUUACGUUAACACAACCAGCCCUAAUUAGGAUCAAGUUAAGGAAAUAUAUUAUUGAUGUACACAGUGCCUGCUAGCUGGAGGUUAUGCUCUUGGUACAUUACCUACGUGAGAUUCAGAUUUUCCUUAUUCCACCUUGUCAACGACAAUCAAAACUUUAUUAAAACCUUUUUUUCUAAGUGACCAUAGUGACGAGGCAUGUUAAUCUGCGAAAAAUUUAAUGAAAUGCCAUCGUUUGACAAGCGUGGAUUAUUUUUUCUUAAAAACAACAGAUUUUGAACUACUACUUAUAUUACUAUUGCAUAAAUUCAGGUUUAAAUAGCUCUACAAAUUAGUUAUGUUAUUGUGUUAAGUGAAAAUGUUAAGAUGUGCAAGCCGCGCGAUGUGGAGUUAGACAAGAUACUCCUGGAGAUCGGCCAGUUCGGGAGGUACCAGUGCCACGUGUACGGCUGGGUGGUGCCCGUGAUCAUCUUCAACGCCAUGUUCAAGAGCCAGUACAUCUUUAACGCCGCUAAAAUCGAUUACAGAUGUCGCGUGCCCCAAUGUGAGGCAACGCCGCCUCGUUUCGAGACCAAUGGUUGGGGGCCGUGGGCGCUGCCGGACUCGGGCGGCCGGUGCGAGCGAUAUGUGUCUACGGGAGACACCUGUUCGGCGGAUGCCUUUAACAACUCCCAGACGGAACGUUGCAAUAGCUGGGUUUAUGAACACAACAAUACUAUUGUUGCCACCUUUGACCUGGCAUGCGUAGAGUGGAAGCGAACGCUGGUUGGGACCAUACACAGUGCAGGCAUUUUCAUCGCGCUGCCGCUUACUGCCUAUAUAUCUGACACAUUCGGUCGACGCGUAGCGUUUAUCCUGACGGCGGUGGCACCUGCGGCGGUGGGCGUGAUCCGGUCCUUUUCCACCAACUACAUCAUGUACGUUAGCCUUGAGCUAAUCGAAGCUAUUGUCGGCUCAGGCGUCUACACCUCGGGUUUCAUUCUGGCUUUAGAGAUGGUGGGAAUCAACCGGAGAGUCCUCGGUGGCAAUAUGAUAUCCUGCGCAUUUGCCAUGGGGCAAGCGUUCGUGUCACUCAUCGCAUGGGGAAUUCCAGAAUGGAGAACAUUGACGAGGGUCCUUUACGCUCCAUCGUUCAUAUUUAUCCUGUACUGUUUUAUUAUAGAAGAGAGUGUCCGAUGGCUGCUAAGCAAAGGAAAAAUAAAGGAUGCAGCAAGAAUAAUAUUUAAAGCUGCCGAGAUAAACAAAAAGAAAUUAUCCCCGGAGACGAUAAAAUUAUUGACCGAUGAGAAUGUUCAAUUGGAAGGUUCCGUCCCUACCAACGACGAUAAGAAGGAAUCUUUGGCGAUGCAAGUCCUCCGCUCCAGGGUUUUGAUGUCGAGAUUAUUUAUUUGCUCGUUUUGGUGGAUCACAGUGACGUUUAUUUACUACGGCCUCUCCAUAAACUCUGUAUCCCUCGGGGGCAAUAGUUACGUAAACUUCCUACUCACUGCGCUGGUGGAGAUUCCGGGAUACUGUCUCAGUGUGUUGACCUUGGACCGCUUCGGGAGGAAGGCGUCUAUUAUGACUGCAUUCUUCGUUUGCGGAUUAUCACUGCUCGGACUGCCAUUCAUACCAGAACAUGUGCAGUGGGCUCAAACGUGCCUCAACUUGUUGGGAAAGCUGGCCAUCAGUAUGGUGUUCAGUAGUAUAUACAUAUACACAUCAGAACUGUACCCCACAUCCGUCCGUCACACGAUGGUAGCGCUGUGCUCUAUGGGGGGUAGAAUAGGGCAGCUCAUCGCCCCACAGACCCCCCUUUUGAUGGAGUACAUGCCGUCACUGCCGUACCUUUUAUUCGGAUUAAUGGCAGCAAUAGCAGGAUUUCUGAUGCUGCUCACGCCAGAAACUCUCCACAUCCAGCUGCCUGAUACCAUAAAACAGGCUGAAGGGAUAGCUAUUGCACCGAGAACCAAAAAGACCACAGACAUCAUAGUGGACUAGGUUUAAGUGUCGCGCUUCGAUUUGUUGGUUCCCUUUGAAUUUUGUUUGUUCUAUCACGUGUCUGCAAUACGCCCUCUUAAUUUGCGCUCCAUAAGCUCAUCCAAUAGAAAAAUAAUGUCGUCUACUAAGAAUACACUCACUGAAAUAGUCGCUCUCUUUCUGACAAAUGAUGUGGGAGCUGUGAUGAAAAGACACGAGGGUUCUAGUGAAACUUUGAUCAUCCUUGUUAUGAAUGAGGGUGAGCCGGAUACCUAUAUACUAUUUUAUUUUUUGCUUUGUAAAGGUGUAUAUGUACAAAAAAAUAUGUUUUAUUUGGUAAACGGGUCGCUAGUGGCAAUCCGGAAAUUAACAAUUAUAUAUUCUUAUAUAUACAGCACCUAAGAGAAAACUUAGACGACCGAUAAACGUUAAUAACAAAUAAUUAUUUCAUAAAAUGUAGGUAAAAAUUUCAUUUUAUAUACCAGAAACAAUACUGAAGCGUAUUUAAUCUAAUUAUACUUUAUGGUAAGUAAGACGGCAUCGAAACAUGCUUAUAACACACCCGACAUUACCUCAAUCAUAAUUAUUUUAUUUAAAUUGUAUAAUAUUAGGGAUAUAAUUGUUCUCUAUCUAUGUAUCUCUAAAAUAACUAUUAUUUAUUUAAACUAUCGCUUGAAUACGGUAAGUGCUGAGUAGAUGAUGUUUUGUCACAUUCAUUUGUUGUCACAAUGAUAAAAACAAAACAUCUAAACCUAUUUGAGGUUUAUCAAUAAUGUACGUUUUUAAAUAAUGGGUUAACUUUAUUUCUUAUAGCGUGCCGUUUAAAGCCGUUUAAAACGGGAUUUAAUUUAUAACUGGCAGGUUUCAUUGUUUUAUGUGAUGGCAAAACAAGAUUUUGAAAAUGUUCAAUCUGCCGAGUAUUAUUUAAAAAAUUAAGAUAAACUAUAGAUCUAGUCUAUAUUAUUUUGGAGCUCAACACUAUAAUUUACGUAAAGAACAAUGUGUGAAUAUUAUAUGAACAUUUGGAGACCUCCUAGGUAAUGACAAAUAAAUGUACAGCUAAUA